AUGGGUUCAGAUGUGCGUGACUUGAACACGUUGAUCCCUCCGGUCCCAGCUCUGUCCUCAGCCCCGGCGGGCCCCAGCCCCGGCUGCCCAGCACUGCCCGUCAGCACAGCCCCUCAGUGGGCUCCCGUCUUGGACUUUCAUACCUCGGCCUCGCCUUACUCCUCCCUGGGGCCCCCUCACACUUCUCUGGGGCACCACUCUUUCAUCAAGCAGGAGCCGAGCUGGGGGGCUCCUGGGGACCCCCACCACCAUGAGACGGAUCCCCACUGUGGCCUGAGUGCCUUCACUGUGCAUUUCUCGGGGCAGUUCACAGGGACAGGGGCCUGUCGGUAUGGGGCGGCAUUCGGAGCUCCUCCACCUCCACCGCCCAGCCAGCCCCCCACAGUGACCAACCCGCAUCAUCAUCAACCCCCGUCCAGGAUGUUCAGCAACCCACCGUACCUGACCAACUGCAUGGACACCCAGCCUGCCGCCAGGACUCAACCAGGUUACGGCACGGUUGCGUUCGACGGGGCUGGAAACUACAGUCACACGCCUACACACCACAGCUCCCAGUUCUCCAACCACUCUUUCAAACACGAAGACGCCUUAUCUCAGCAGACCACUAUGGGUGAGCAGCAGUAUCCUGUCCCUCCUCCUGUCUAUGGAUGCCACACACCGUCAGACAGCUGCACAGGCAGUCAAGCUCUGCUGCUAAGAAACCCUUACAACAGUGGUGAUAAUUUAUAUCAAAUGGCCUCUCAGCUGGAGUGUGUAACAUGGAACCCAGUUAAUACGCUCACAUCAGCUAUCAAGAGCAGCCAUGGUCCGGGCUAUGAGAGUGACCCCAGCACCCCUAUGUUGUACAGCUGUAGCACACAAUACCGCAUCCACACACAUGGAGUCUUCAGAGGCCUACAGGACGUGCGGCGGGUGCCGGGCAUCGCCCCAACCAUCGUGCGGUCAGACAGCAGUGAGAAGCGUCCUUUCAUGUGUGCCUACCCAGGAUGCAACAAGCGCUACUUCAAACUGUCCCACCUGCAGAUGCACAGCCGCAAACACACAGGGGAGAAGCCAUACCAGUGUGACUUCACAGACUGCGGCAGAAGGUUCUCGCGGUCCGACCAGCUCAAAAGACACCAGAGACGGCACACAGGAGUUAAACCCUUCCAAUGCGAGACGUGUCAGAGAAAGUUCUCUCGGUCUGACCACCUUAAGACACACACCCGGACUCAUACAGGUAAAACAAGUGAGAAGCCGUUUAACUGCCGGUGGCCCAACUGUCAGAAGAAGUUUGCCAGGUCUGAUGAGUUGGUGCGACACCACAACAUGCACCAGAGGAACCUCACCAAGCUUCAACUGGCAAUCUGA